GGAACAGCCUUGGGUGCGCUCCUCCGGCGGCUCUUGGUAGGUGUGGGAAUUCCUCUUCUUUCUCUCUCUUCCUUCUUCCCUUGUCCUACUGAUCGCACCUGUUUUGGAGCGAACAGUCAAGCCACGAACGAGGGACGACAUGUCGCCCGCCGCCACGCCAACAGCUCUAUUUUGGACUUUACCUCUGGUCCUCGUCCAUGCCGUCUCCAAGUUCUCCUUCCCCUCGGCCGCCCGUGGCCUCCUCUCCUUCGCCGUCCCUAGCGUCCUCUCUCCCAGUCCCGCCAAACCCGUCUCGUUGCGCCCUAUAGACCCACAAAUAGCCGCCCAACGCGCGAGCACCGACUGCCUCGACGGUCUUCGGGGGGUGGCAGCGUUUGCUGUCAUGAUCUUUCACUAUAGUUCAUUCGCCUAUCCCACUAUCCGAAUAGCGUAUGGCUACAACGGCAACACGAACCUGUUGAAGCUGCCGUUUGUGAAGAUAUGGUACAGCGGUGGCUUCAUGGUCUUCCUCUUCUUCGUCAUCUCCGGAUAUGUGCUCUCAGCCCGAGCCGUUCGGCUCAUGCUUCGACGAGACCGCGAUCGGAUCCUACCAGUCCUAUCCAGCAUGACCUUUCGCCGAGUUGUGCGCCUCGGCCUACCGAGUCUCGUCAUGUCCUUCAUUAGCUUUCUGUGCCAGCGCGCUCAGUUACUAGACAAACCGUGGCCACACUAUGUCCCGGGACUGUGGGGUGACAUCAGGUUCUAUUUCGAGAAUCUCCACGACCUCUUCACGUUCUACAACUGGAACCAGUUCCAUAUCUACUACCUGCCGCCGCUGUGGACAAUCGCCGUCGAAUUCCGCUGCUCGAUGAUUCUUUUCCUCCUUCUCUUGGGAAUUGCGCGUUGCCGGACAGGCCCACGGCUGCUCAUCGAGGCGCUUGUCUUCGUUGACACGAUGCUACAUGACCGCUGGGACCUGGGCUGUUUCGUUCUCGGCCUCCUCGCCGCUGAGAUCCACGUCGGCACGCAAGAAGCCGCAUCGCAACGCAGCAAAGAGGAGGGCCUCCUGCAUAAUGAGGACGCAACCGACUCCUCUUUUCAAUACUACGACGGUGGAGAUCGAGACGCCACCAACCAACGCCGCCGCCACAUCCUCAAGAAGUUGGGCCUAUGGGCUUGCUUCAUUGCAGGCAUGUACCUGGGCUCCGUGCCCACAGAGCACACCUGCGAAACACCUGGGUAUGCCACGCUCUGCAAGCUCACUUGGCAUGGGGAGAAGUGGCGCUACAUCGCAUUGCCUGGUAGUUUCCUUAUCAUUUUCGCGAUCUUGUACCUGCCUAUUCUACAACGCCCGUUAGUCGCCCCGGCGGCGCGCUAUCUAGGCCGCGUGAGCUAUGCUCUAUAUCUCGUUCACGAGCUUGUUAAUAUGCUUAUUGGGGAGGGAAUUAGAAACGCUGGGUGGGCGCUUCUUGGAAAAACUGGAGUGAUGUACCAUUUUGGAUAUGUAUGUGGACUGGUGUUCUACGUGUCGCUGAGUUUAUGGCUCGCCGACAUGUUCAUGAGGGCUGUGGAUAUGCCCUCCACGAAUCUGGCCAGGUGGCUGGAGGAGAAAUGUGUUGAUAAGUCGUAAUUAUCAAUUAUCCCAUGGCGUUUGGAGCGGUUUAUUGCACAAAUUUCAUGUACAUAUUUACUGUCAUCUGGCUUUAGGGGAGAGGCAUUGGGAUGCCCGAAUCGCGGCAAGAUGUGAUCAGUUUCAUACCAAGACAGACCGAGACGCUAUUAAUAUAAAUUUAUGGCUAUCAAGUCUCGGCUUGUUACUUGGCACUUCGGUAACUAUGGGGAACGAUCGUUUUCAAUCCCUUCAAUGGCUUAAUCGACUUAAAUAUGCUUCUAUCCUCAAUCAUGUCAUCCAAAUGCCAUUAGACAUGUCAGGCCUCAGUUGGCGGCCUUUCGGCUUUGCACCGCUCACAUUCGCACUCCAUUCCCAACCAAGGCAAUAGGCUCUCCUGCCUCUCCGCAUAGUCCAUCGUCAACGGCCUUAUAUACGAGAUAAAUAGCUCCUCUCCUUCGUUUACGUCUCGUAGAGCAAACAUCCUCAACGUGCUAUUACUAUCUUCGUGCUCCCAGUCGACAUUCGGUGCACAGCUGUGAUUGAACAUUGAGUACAAUGGGUUCACGGCCGUCCCAGGGAAUCCAUCGAGAGUCUGCCCAUGCUUGUUAUUCUGCAGACGGCAUCUUAUCGUAUGCAAGACCCAGGUGUCGUAAGCGGCGUUUGCGAAAACAUCGAUUCCCAGCUCGCCUAGCACCCGAAUAGGUGUUACGAUGUGGUCUGAGAAGUUGAAGAUUAUCAAGUCGUCGUUUUUAUACGUGGGCGUCAGUCGAUUGAGCAGAGAUGUCUUUAGAGGGUGGAGCGUCGGCUCUUGCAUAGAGAGGGCCAGGACUCGGAGGAGGAGUACUGAGUCCAGAGAGAGGUCGGUUGUUAGUUCUGCUGACUCUGCUGCAGAUGUUAAGAAGCCGAAGUCUUUGCCACAAACGGAGGCGUGGAAGGUAUCCAGGGCCGUCUUAGAGCAGUCUGGACUGCAGUACGGGACGCUACAGCAAUCGUUGAGAAUAUCUUCCGUGAUUCCGCCACAGCAUGUUGGGCAGCGUUCAGCGCUACUUGUGACGCCUGCGACGGUGCUAUCCACGAGGACGGUAUCUGAUGGAGCUAUACUCUUCGUCGCAAAAGCGCCCAGAACGUCUCCUGAGCUUGGGGCGUCGUCCUCUGCGUCAAUGUCCCUAAUAGCACUGCGAGAAACAGUGCUAUUGGUAGAUCGCGCACUGAACUCUCUUUUACACCCAUCGAGGAAGGAAUCCUCUCUUGACACGAAAUCCUCUUGCAUCCACGGAUAAGCCACAGGGUAGACACCGCCGUUACGAAGAGUUGCCUGCAUUUUCUCUUCGCUCAUCUCGCCGGCGUCUACCUGCUCCCGCAGGAUGUCAUCCCUCUGCUUGAACCACGACUUCGCGUUUAGCACCUCCGAUGGGAAAACAGCAUCUUGCGGGAAUCGAAGCACCGCUUCUUGGCUCAGGGUCAGGUAGUCACUACACGCAUUCGAAGCCAUCAGGCCCUCCAUAAGCUCUGACCAAACCUGGAGCUCGAGCUCUUGCAGUUCUGCAACGACGCGCUUCUCAAGGAGCGCUGUCGUUGAAACGAGGUGCUUCCAUGCCACUAAUCUCGGGUCCGUCUCGUGUAGGAGCCUGCUUUUAUCGCACAAAGCCAGAAAGGCUUUCUUCCCGAGUGGGGUGCUUCUUUCCUGGCUCGCUUCAACUAGCAGUCGCGCUUUGUACGCAUCACCGAGUGCCAGCUCUGGGAAACCCAGAAGCCGGAGGCAGCGCGCGCGGAGCAGCCAAGACUCUGGGUCAUACGGCUGUUCCGCAAUACUUUUGGUAAAAGUUUGGAGAUCAGAUGAUUCCGCUGCUAGAUGCUGACGCGGAGAAGACGCAAUGAGUAUUGAACCUUUGGGGAAAGAGAGGUAGUAGGUACCUCUGGGUCGAGGAUUUCAUAUGGCGCUACUUCGCAGGCUGAUGAUGCGGAAAAGUCGUCGUCCCUCCAUGGGUUGUCCAUGGCGUAUCGGUUCGAGGAAAUACUGAUUUAUAGUCACAGGCCUUCUACUAACUCC